AAGGUUUGAAGGGAAAACUUCUUUAGCGGCGCGGCGUUGUACACUUUUUUUUGUAAUGGGUAAAAAUGUUAAACUCGCGUCAGGACACGUGACCUGAUCGAAAAUUCGUAAGACGAAAACUUCUUUAGCGGCGUUGUACACUUUUUUGUAAUGGGUAAAAAAUGUUAACUCGCGUCAGGACACGAAUAUAUUGGACGAAACAUAGUAAUAUUUUAUCGUAUUUGUAAGACGGAUGGAGAGUAGACAGCCGCUGCUGUUUCGUUUAGGCGGCGCCGAGCGCUUGCGCGAAUACUCGUGUGUGUUUAUGUUACAGCGUGCCACGCGCAUCCAUGGAUGGUGACAGCUGAUGGCUCGACCGUCUGUGUAGUGGCCACACUGCUGUGUAUUCGUAAAAUUCGUGAAAAAGUCGUCGAAAUAAUGGAUGGAAAUUGAUUUUUCUGAGAGAAAAACUUUUAAAUGAUGCUCAGGGGAAGAAUGAAGCAUUUAUUACACUGUAUAUCAUUUCUUUGGUUCAUAUUUAUGUUCCUGGUUUUCGCUGGUGCAAUAAAUUUGGAUGGAAAAGAAAAAGAUAAUAUCGACCCAUGGGAAACUUAUGGAGUCUAUGGUACAAUAAUUUUAUACACUCUGAGACUGCUAACACUAAUGAAUGCACCCCAAGCUUUGUGCAAUUUUGCUGGGUUAUUACUUUUCAACGCCUUUCCUGGAAAAAUAAAGUUAAAAGGGUCACCUUUACUCGCACCUUUCAUCUGUAUCAGAGUUGUCACGAGAGGUGACUUUCCAAAACUUGUAAAGGAUAAUGUUACGAGAAAUAUGAAUUUAUGCACCGACGUUGGUAUGGAGAAUUUUAUGAUAGAAGUAGUAACUGACAAAGCAAUAAACCUACCAAAACAUAGACGAGUAAGAGAAGUCGUUGUGCCGUCAGAAUAUCAAACCAAGACUGGUGCACUCUUCAAGUCGCGCGCAUUGCAGUAUUGCUUGGAAGACGAUGUCAAUAUAUUGACUGAGUCUGAUUGGAUUGUGCAUUUAGACGAAGAAACGUUGCUUUCACCAAAUUCGAUUCGAGGUAUUUUGAAUUUUGUACUAGACGGUCAGCAUCAGUUUGGCCAGGGUUUAAUAACAUAUGCCAAUGAGAAUAUUAUUAAUUGGAUGACGACAUUAGCGGAUAGUUUUCGUGUUGCCGAUGACAUGGGAAAGCUGAGAUUCCAGUUCUACCUAUUUCACAAACCACUAUUCAGUUGGAAAGGUUCCUAUGUCGUUACGCAGAUGAAUGCAGAGAAAAAAGUUUCUUUUGAUAAUGGUCUUGAUGGCUCUAUUGCUGAGGACUGCUAUUUUGCAAUGAAGGCAUAUAAAGAAGGGUACACAUUCAAUUUUGUUGAAGGUGAGAUGUGGGAGAAAUCUCCAUUCACACUUUGGGAUUUCAUCCAACAGAGAAAAAGAUGGAUCCAAGGUAUUCUUUUAGUUGUCCAUUCGAAAGAUAUACCAGUGUUAAAUAAAGUCUUUUUAGCAAUAUCAUGUUAUUCGUGGGUUACACUGCCGUUAUUAACAAGCAAUAUUUUCUUAGCUGCAAUUUGUCCCAUUCCAUGUGGUAGUAUGUUGGAUUUAAUAUGUGGAUUCAUGGGUGCUGUUAAUAUUUACAUGUACAUAUUCGGGGUUGUAAAAUCAUUCCCUAUGCAUAGAUUCGGGCCUUUGAAAUUUUGCCUAUUUAUUGCUGGGGCAUUGGCGACAAUUCCAUUUAAUGUUGUGAUAGAAAAUAUUGCUGUUAUUUGGGGAGUUUUAGGGAAAAAACACAAAUUUUACAUUGUUAAUAAGGAAGUCAAGAUACCUGUUACUGUAUAAGUCGCGCCCUUGAGAAUGUUAUUGUUAUUUUAAGUGCACAAAUACUUAAAUAAAUUACUCCUGCACUCAUUCAGCAGUAAAUACCUAUAGUGUUUGUAUGACUCAGUUAUAUGAGAUUGUUAACGUAAAUGUAGAUAUCGUUCUUCUAAAUUUACAAGUGACUGAAGCUUGUCGAUUUUUGGUGUCCGUGAUGCUAGCGUACCCAUGAUCAAUAUACGGUUUUUCUUUAUGCCAUUAAAUACUGCGUAAAUAGUGCCAAAUUAGUGUAAAAAUAAAAAAAAUAGUGCCUCUUUAAUUUAAGAAAUAAAGACCAUUUUUACUGUGUACGCUACCAUGACGUCAAGCUAGCAUACCCAUGGCCGACCCCAAGAAUGGCAUAUAUUUAAGCAACGAAAU